CGCACUUUUUCCAAGGCAUUCCCCAGUGCCGUGUUUAAAUAGAGGAAUCUGAAGAAGGUCUGUGUUUCCUUUCAGUGCCUAACAGGGGUGCACUCUCUGCUCUGAUUCAAUUUAGAAAAUUUGCUUCCAAAGAAUCACCAGUUUGUUCUUUUAAAAGUAUUUUAACAAAAGAAAAUAUUCCAGGUGAGCGUGUGCUGCUCCUUGUCACACGACUUGGAACCACACUUAUGCUGGCAGUGUCCGGUCACUGAAAUCAAGUUCAAACUAGCCUGCUAAUCCGUGAAGUUAUUGCUUUUACCUUUUAAGCUCCUGGCCUUUCCGUUUUGAUUUACUUCGUUUUUACAUGUCAUCAAAGACACAUUGUUGGAGAUUACAACACAAUUAAAGAGGAGACGCUGGGAAUCCAGAGAGAACUGCUGUAGUUUUAGAAAGAGAAGGCGGUCUUCAGUACCUUAAUAUUGACACUGCAUUUGCGAAUACCUCAGUAAGAAGGUAACUGUCAACGGGCCCCUUUGUACCUUUCAUAUCACCUCAAUCCACUGACCAUCAUGUCCCGCUGGGCGCGUAAAAACAAAAAUGACAAAACGACGGAAGUGGUGCGGACCGUGACAGAAGGGCUCCGGUCUCUGUACCGUAAGAAGCUCCUGCCCAUCGAGAAACAUUACGGCUUCCAUGACUUUCACUCCCCGAGUCUGGAGGACGCCGACUUUGACAACAAGCCCAUGGUGCUGGUGGUGGGCCAGUACUCCACAGGCAAGACGACCUUGAUCAGGUACCUGUUGGAGCAGGACUACCCAGGCAGCCGUGUGGGCCCAGAGCCGACCACCGACUGCUUCACCGCCAUCAUGCAUGGAGAUGUGGAAGGCCUCAUCCCAGGGAACGCCCUCAUCGUCGACCCCAACAAGCCCUUCCGGAAGCUCAAUCCAUUUGGCAACACUUUCCUCAACCGGUUUCAGUGUGCUCAGAUGCCCAGUCAAGUCCUGGAAAGCAUCAGUAUCAUCGAUACACCUGGGAUUCUAUCUGGGGCCAAGCAGAGAGUAAACAGAGGGUAUGACUUCCCAGCAGUGCUGCGCUGGUUUGCCGAACGUGUGGACCGCAUCAUCCUUCUCUUUGAUGCCCACAAGCUGGAGAUAUCCGAUGAGUUUUCUGAGGCCAUCGAGGCAUUGCGCGGCAAUGAGGACAAGCUGAGAGUCGUCCUGAACAAGGCCGACAUGGUGGGCACCCAGCAGCUGAUGCGGGUGUACGGCGCCCUCAUGUGGUCACUGGGCAAAGUGUUUGGGACCCCUGAGGUGCUGCGGGUUUAUAUCGGUUCUUUCUGGUCAGAGCCGUUGAUGAUACCAGACAACCGGAGGCUAUUUGAGCUAGAGGAGGAGGAUCUUUUUGCAGACAUUCAGAGCUUGCCUCGAAAUUCUGCUCUGCGCAAACUCAAUGACUUGGUCAAGAGGGCUCGUCUGGUCAGGGUUCAUGGCCACAUAAUCGGCCACCUGAAGCAGGAGAUGCCCUCAGUUUUUGGGAAGGACAAUAAGAAGAAGAACUUGAUCCACCAGCUGCCUGUCAUCUUCUCGAAGAUCCAGCUGCAGUAUAACAUUUCCUCGGGAGAUUUCCCGGAUUGUGCCAAGAUGCAAGACAAACUUUUGGUGCAUGAUUUCACGAAAUUCAAGUCCCUAAAGCCCAAUUUAAUGGCUGCCUUGGAUGAGCUGCUGUCUACAGAUAUUGCCAAGCUGAUGCCCCUGUUGCAUCAGGAGGAACUAGACGCGGGCACCCAAGCAGGGGUUCAAGGGGGGGUCUUUCUGGGUUCCCGUGGAGGUCCUUUCCAGGAGGGGGAUGUUUUUGCCGAAAUGGAUGAGGAUGGUGACGAGAGUGGGGCGGAGGAAGAGGACUGGGUGGUGAUGAAAGACAAGCCCAAGUAUGAUGAGAUCUUCUACAACCUCUCACCCAUAGAAGGAAAGCUGAGCGGCAGCAAGGCCAAGGACUGGAUGGUGAGCACCCGCCUGCCCAACUCCGUGCUUGGCCGCAUCUGGAGGCUGUCGGACGUGGACCGGGACGGCAUGCUGGAUGCUGAUGAGUUUGCCCUGGCCAGCCAUCUCAUUGAGGUCAAACUAGAGGGGCAUGGGCUGCCCCAGGAACUGCCUGCUCGCCUAGUGCCCCCAUCCAAACGGCGGCACAGAGGCUCAGAUGCAUAGGCAGCAUCUGUGGUCAUUAUUUCUUUGCCUUUCUCCCCCUUUUGCCUGUCCUGUCACACUCCUUUUUCCUUCAUGUCCUCACAAACCACCCAGAAGCCUGUAGCGUGUAACCUUUGUACCUGUUAUACAAGUAUGGGUUCACCAUUGACUAAAAUAUUCUGUUUUGCAUUCCCAAAGAAUUUUGCUGAUCUUGCAAACAUCUAAUGAGUAAGUCACCAAAACGUGUGUCCUGUGAUGCUUCUAAUGUACUGUUAUACUUGCACACUUCUUUAACUUCUGUAAUCAUCCUAAAACACAUCUGGACUCUUCCUUUGCAAUAAACUUUACUUUUAAAGUUUA